UGACCAAAAAUCAAAACCCGUAAGAUAAACGUCAUAGUUUUUCAACUCUCUGGAAAAAGCAUGCGAACUGUAGCCUCUCUCCUACAACGUUGCUUCAUUCAGGCAAUACGUCGAACAGUUUCUCUCCCAUAUUUGUCACACACGCACCGCCCAUCUUCCUUCAUCUUUUUCUGCACUCAAACGCCUAAUGGUAUUACCCAGCAAAUCUCAGACUCAAAACAACAAGAACCCGGGUCCUGCUUGUCUUACAGGAUUGAGAAGCUGCAAAAAGAUGAACCAGUUCGGUCUGCUUUCCAGAGCUGGAUGGGAGACGGCUUUCCCAUUCAUAGAGGUGACAUUUUCCACGCCAUUAACCGACUCAGGAAGCUCAAGAUCAACAAGCGCGCCCUUGAGGUAAUGGAAUGGGUAAUCAGGGAAAAGCCCUACAGGCCAAAGGAACUUGACUAUUCUUAUCUAUUGGAAUUUACAAUUAAGCACCAUGGGAUAUCACAAGGUGAGAAACUCUUUACUUGUGUUCCUGCAGAGUUUCAGUGUGAGCUUCUUUACAACAAUCUUGUGAUUGCAUGCUUGGAUAGAGGCACAUUACGGCUUCCACUUGCGUACAUGAGGAAAAUGAGGGAGCUGGGUCAUCCUAUCUCGUACUUGGUUUUCAAUCGCCUUAUAAUCCUUCAUUCCUCCCCGAGACGUAAAAAGGCAAUCCCGAAAAUUCUUACUCAAAUGAAGGCUGAUAAAGUCACCCCUCAUGUCUCAACCUACAACAUUCUUAUGAAAGUAGAAGCGAACGAGCACAAUGUUGAAGGACUGAUGAAGGUAUACAGUGAUAUGAAGAGAGCCAGUGUUGAACCAAAUGAAAUAUCUUACUGCAUUAUUGCUACCACACAUGUUGUUGCUAGGUUGUAUACUGUUGCUGAAGCCUAUAUUGAAGCUCUAGAAAAGUCCAUUACUGGGAAUAAUUGGUCAACACUUGAUGUCCUAAUUAUGCUUUAUGGGUAUUUGGGUAAGGAGAAGGAGCUAGAAAGAACGUGGGGAAUUGUGCAAGAUCUCCCUCGUGUUAGGUCUAAAAGCUAUGUUUUGGCAAUUGAAGCAUUUGGUAGAAUUGGUCAAUUGAGUCGAGCUGAAGAACUUUGGCUGGAAAUGAAGUCAACAAAAGGGUUGAAAUCCACUGAGCAGUUCAAUUCCAUAAUAUCUGUUUAUUGCAAGCAUGGUCACAUCAAAAAAGCAUCUGAACUUUUCAGAGAAAUUGGAAAUAAUGGGUGCAAACCAAAUGCAAUUACUUUUAGACAUCUUGCAUUGGGUUGCUUGAAAGCAGGAUUGGUGGAGGAAGCUGUGAAAACUCUAGACAUGGGGAUGGAUAUGACGACAACCAAAAUGGUACGGAAUUCAACCCCAUGGUUGGAGACUACUUUGUCAAUAAUUGAGAUGUUUGCAGAGAAAGGUGAUGUGGGGAAUGCAGAGAAGUUGUAUGAAGAACUUAGAAAGGCUAAGUACACCAGGCAUACUUUUGUAGGCAACACUUUAAUUAAGGCUUAUGUGAAGGCCAAGAUACAUGAUUCAAAUCUUUUGAAGAGGAUGAUCUUAGGAGGAGCUAGGCCAGAUGCAGAGACACAUAGCCUUAUGAAACUUGCUGAGCAGUUCCAGACUUGAUUUCUUAUUAUCUACAGCUGGUAUGUUGUGCAUGUUCAUAUUUAUAUCUUUUUCUGUAUGUCAAGUAUUGUCAUCAAUUUUGUAUAAGAUUUAUUGGAUGGAAGAGCAUAGAAAUUUCGAGUGUCUUCUGGUAUAUAAUGCAGAAAUUGAAAUGCCAAUAAUUCUCCCCUAUUAUUGGGCACAGAUGACGUUACAAACUUAAAUGGCAUUGAUGAUGACAGUACACCUCUUGUUUCUUUGUAAUUUACCACCCUGGCUCACACCUCUAAUUCUCUGUUAGAAGUUAGAACAUAUUUUGUCUUUCAUUAUUGAUUUUGAAUGUGAUUAAAAGUGGAAGUUAGUUUUACUAAGAUUAUUCUAUAUGAAUGUCUAUUGAUGUUUAGCAAACAUUUGGUUUUCA